AUGGGGAUGCUCGGUUGUCUUCCAAUUUUACACCAAAAGGAUGGUGUAAUUGCAAUAUAUCAUGUAGAAGAUGAAGUUCGUGUUGAUGGUUUCAUCAAGGAGAUUACUCAUCACGUGUACUUUAAUGAGACUACGUGCGAGGCCAAGUGUUCAUGUGGAUUGUUUGAGAUGAGAGGGAUCCUAUGUACACAUGUAUUAGUCGUUUUCAAAAUGAACCGUGUCCAUGAUGUGCCAGAGAAGUACAUAUUGGAUCGAUGGAGAAAGGACAUAAAAAGAAGAUACACUGUUAUGAAAAGUAAUUAUGAUGUAGCUGAUACGAGGCCAGAAGUGAGCAGAUAUGCACAUAUAAUCAAAUUGUGUUACAACGUGGCAACAAAUGCAGCAUCAUGUGAUGACCAUGCUGAGGAUAUGAUUGCCAAGUUAACUGCAAUGAACGAGGUCUACUGCACCAACAGGUCGUCACAACAAACUGGUUCUAACGUAGCAGUUACAAUUGUUGAUGCAAAUACAGUUGGGAGUUCGAAGAAGGCACUCAGCCCCCAUGUUGUGAGAGGUAAAUGCAGACCACCAUCUCUUUGGAAAAAAUCAAUGAUUGAGAGAGUGCGCAAACCCACGAUAAAAAAAUCUGCUCAGAAGGGAAAACGUAAACAAGUAAACUCACUGUAA